AGCAGCUGAACCUUGUGUCAAAACACAGAGGGAAACCAGCAGCAAGCAGCGAAGGACCUCAUCUCGAUUUCAGCUUUGGCUCUAUUUUUCCGAAAGUGUUCGUCUAUAUAGAGUGUUUUUCCAAUUACGUCUGCGUACCAUGACCGAACAAUCAGCAUUACUUCUUCGAAAACAACUGGCAGAGCUCAACAAGAACCCCGUGGAGGGCUUUUCAGCUGGUCUCAUAGAUGACGACGACAUAUACAAAUGGGAAGUUGUGAUCAUUGGCCCACAAGAUACUCUUUUUGAAGGAGGGUUUUUCAAAGCUUACCUAACCUUUCCCUAUGAUUACCCGCUACGGCCACCAAAGAUGAAGUUCAUCACUGAGAUCUGGCACCCAAAUGUUGCAAAGAACGGGGAUGUUUGCAUUUCAAUUCUGCAUGAGCCAGGUGAAGAUAAAUUUGGCUAUGAAAAGCCUGAGGAGCGCUGGCUUCCCAUCCACACUGUAGAGACAAUCAUGAUUAGUGUUAUCUCCAUGCUGGCAGACCCCAACAGCGAUUCACCAGCUAAUGUGGAUGCUGCAAAAGAGUGGAGGGAGGAUCCUAAUGGUGAAUUCAAGAGGAAGGUGGCUCGCUGUGUAAGAAAAAGUCAAGAGAUGGCAUUUGAUUAGGAGUCAACUGUAAAUUCCAGGUUAAAGGAAAUGCCUUCAGAGGGAAAAUUUCAGCAAAAGGCUUUUGCACCCCUUGUUUUGCCAGUCAACGGAAUUGGUUGGCUUCAACCACUUUUCUGUGAACGGUUGUCAUUUUCCGCCAGAUGAGCCAAUUUGAAAAUCCUACCAGCGAAAUUAACCUGUUUCCUACCUGGAAUUGUAUAUUUAAUUUUAUUUAUUUUGAAAAAUUAAUGAUGUAAGAUAUGUCACUACUGUAAAUUAACUUGCUUUUUUAUCUGCUGCUGAACAGUUUCUACUUUAUACCAGGUUUCUUAUGCAAUUUAGUGGUCAAGAUUGUGUAAAACAAAAGGAAAGCCUGUUCUCAUUAGGUCGUCACUUGUCCUCCCUGCUGCAUACUUACCAGAUUAAUGUCAGCCCAACAAAUCUGUUAAUAGAUGUAAUUCUUUUCAACACUCUCGUGAAUCACUGUUGCCUUCUGUUGGCUUCACUUCCUCACAGUUUGCUUGUUGUUUAGAAGGACAGGCUGAGAGCUUUUAGAGCGACUUAUAAGAGUUUUACAGUGUUUAAUUUUUCUGAGAAAAACAGUCUUCUGCUAUCAUUUUCCCAUAAUGCCUGUGUGGGUCUAAGAUGUUUAAAACCAUGACUCUCAAACCUGCAUGGUGCCCUCAAACAACUUUGUUCUGUGUUGUUUCUAGCUGUGGAUGUAAUUGGAAUGGCUUACUCAGUGAUUUGAGAGUUACUGUUUUAUAAUAUUACUUAUACUUGCACAUGCAUAACUAAUGCUAACAGAAGAUUUGUGCCAACUUCUCAGGAUAUCUUAGGGUCUUGAAUAGCAAUCGGUAAGAUAAACCUCUAAUAUUCCUGAGCCUUCCCCGAAACAUGUGGCCCUCCUGGUUUAUGAAUAAGUACUUCUUGUGAAUCAUGGACAACCAAAUACAGUCUGUGAAAAUAGCCUAAGCUGUGAACUAGCAUUUGAGCUUACCUCAAUUUAAACAGAUAACAAAUGUGACCAGGUUUAUGGUUGAGUUCUGUUGGGGAAUAUGGGGGGUUUUAGGGGCUCCAUUGUAGACUUAGGCUAGUUGUUCUAACUUUGUCAUGACACAUCUGGCUUUUAAAUAGUGUGUGGAAUAAAGUCACAUUCAGUUGUGAGUUAAAACUCUUAAGGACUUUGAAUAAUACUCUUUAGUUCCAUCAUAAUCUUGAGUUCUAAUUGGUGCAUACUUAGAUAAUAUUUAUCAUGUAUACUUAACUGAAUUUGGGUUGCGAUCCUUGACUUGAAGGUAACUCGCUACUUAAUAAACAAGUGUUCUGUUCUGAAAUGAACACAAUCUUGUGUCUAAACUUUUUUUAAAAAUACACAGUUCUGUUUGGGUGGAGUCUGGAAACCAUUUGCUUUUGUUCACUUUCAUUGAUGGUGUUGCUGACUAUUAAGCCAUGAUGACAUUGGUUUUGAAUUAUGUUACACAUUGAUCUGUGACUGACACUGACAAAUAGCUAACCAUCUUCUGGCGCAUGCAAUCAGGUUUGAAGGAGUUGGGUAUGUUUAAAUAGGAUACCAUUGUUAGUACAUUCUGGGUGAAUGUGAUGUGUACAGUUAGUAGAUUUCCGUAGACUUGAUGAUCACAUAACUGUUGUUGACAUUACCUUUUUAAGUCAGAAUUUUCUAACCUACCAUGACCUCCUCUGACCGGUGUUCACUGUAUUUGCACAGAUUCGGUGCGUUUGAAAUGUCAUUAAGCAAUACGCUCUGAAAAUGGUGUGUCCAGGUAAUCCACCCUAUAACGCCAUUAUUUGUUUGUUUUUUUUGUUUGUUUUUCCAUUUUGUGUCAAUGCAAUGUAUAUUGGACAUGAUGCUCAAUAAAGUGUGUAAACAGA